ACAUGGCGCCUAGCCUAGUUCGGAAUGUGUGUGUGUGAAAGUGCAGUGGAAUUAUGUUGUUAACAAAUGUUUUUAGUGUAAUAUUUAGUGUAUAAGUGUAAAAAGAGUGCAUUGAUGCAGUGGUUGUCUUAUAAUGGCAUUGGAUUUACGCUUGCAUUCUCCUGCAGGCGCGGAACCCGUUGUUUAUACAUGGCCACUCACAUCAGGUCAUGGCUCGGAGAAACAUGACGGAGCUCUGGAGAUAGUAGAGACAAUAAGAUGGGUGUGCGACGAUCUGCCGGAGAUGAAGGGUGCAUUGGAGAAGAACAUCCUGAGCAACUACGACACCCACUCGUACGAGAGCAUGCGAGCCUUGUGCGACCGUUUCAACCGCGCCAUAGACUCCGUUGUUGCAUUGGAAAAAGGAACUUCACUGCCGGCUCAGCGCCUAAACAAGUACCCGUCCAGAGGUUUGCUGAAACAUAUACUCCAGCAGACCUACAACCAAGCAGUGGCAGAUCCCGACAAGUUGAACCAAUACGAGCCCUUUUCACCCGAGGUUUACGGCGAGACGUCGUACGAACUGAUAUCGCAGAUGAUAGACCAGAUCAACAUAACUCCUGAAGAUGUAUUUGUGGAUCUGGGUUCGGGCGUCGGGCAAGUCGUGUUGCAAAUGGCGGCCGCGACACCCUGCCGCAUUUGCUUCGGGGUUGAGAAAGCUGAAGUGCCUAGUAAAUACGCAGAGUGUAUGGAUUCAAACUUUAGAAUGUGGAUGAGGUGGUAUGGAAAGAAGUACGGCGAGUACAAGCUGAUAAAGGGCGAUUUUUUAUUGGACGAACACAGAGAGAAGAUUAAUUCGGCAACAAUUGUUUUUGUCAACAACUUUGCCUUCGGGCCGCACGUCGAUCAUCAGUUGAAAGAAAGAUUCGCCGAUCUAAAAGACGGCGCGAAGAUCGUGUCCUCGAAGAGCUUUUGCCCAUUAAAUUUUAGGAUAACAGAUAGAAACUUGAGCGAUAUUGGGACAAUAAUGCACGUCAGUGAAAUGUCGCCACUGAAAGGUUCGGUCUCGUGGACGGGCAAGCCAGUGUCGUACUACUUACAUAUUAUAGAUAGGACUAAAUUGGAGAGAUACUUUCAAAGACUGAAAAACCCGAAACUCAAGGUCAGCAAAAGGGGGAUUCAGAACGGUGCUGAGGAGGAUAAUGGAAAGAGGAAUAUGAGCGCGCCGCCCACAAGACAAUCUACCCCGGACCUUCUCAAUGGAAAUAGCAACCACAGCACCGGUUCGUUGCCCGAAAGGAGGAGGAAGGUUGCCCGGCCGAGACCGAUACGCGGAGAGAACGGCACGACUCGCGCGCGCGCGGCUGGCAGUGCCGGCGUCGCUAAGAGGCGCGUGGCCCGGCGCUCCAGCGACGACAGCGACGAGGAGUCCAGCGGCACGGACGACCCGCCGCCGGCGCCCGAGCCUGCGCCGCGCGAGUGGGGCGCGCCCUGGGCCUCCGCCGACACGAAUCGUCGCGGCCGCAGUACGAAGCGGAGUGCGAGCGCCGGCGGAGCGAGCGGCGCGGGCGCACGGCGGCGGGCGGCUCGCGCCAAGAGGCGGAGAAAUGCGCGACCAGCCAUCGCCGGGCUGGACCUGCUGCACUCCACGACACUCGCGUCCACCAUACACAACGGAGCCGUGACGGCGCCGCCCCCCGGCUGCGUGGAGCAGCGUCUGUCGGCGCUGGGCGUGGUGCUGCAGCCCGCGUCGCGCCUGCACUCGGAGCUGGACAUCCCGCGGUCGCCGCACGCGCCCUACAGCCUGCAGCUGCUGCUGGACAUGUUCCGCGACCAGUACCUCGCGUUCAUCGCGCGCCUCAACACGCCGGACUACGCCAGGGAGAUCCGGCAGCAGAUCGAUAAGGAGAAGGUGACACUCGGUGAAUAA